CUAUUAUGCAGUGACACAUGAAGCGCUGACAUCCGGUUGCUAGUAUGUAGUUGACCUCAAGAGACUUAAUGCUGACAAUUUGACAAAUAACAUCGAGCAAUGUUGUUUCUGUUCCAGUCUGAAGUUGUCGGAACGAGCUAAGAAGGACGAUGGCCUCGUUCGUUGGUCCAUUUGCGGCCGUUUUCACGCUGUCGACGACGUUUAGCGUGUCAGCCUUAGCUUGAAGUACGGAUGUCAAAAGUGCCCAUUCGUCUUCGUUUAAGGAGCAGCUGACAACUACUAAAAGAUGUAUUUGGUGGGCCUGACGGGAGGUAUCGCGUCUGGAAAAAGCACAGUGUCGUCGAUGCUGCGCGAGCUCGGAUGCCCCAUCAUCGACGCCGACGUCGUGGCCCGUAAAGUGGUGGAGCCGCGCUCGCCCGCCCACUCGCGUAUCGUCCUCCACUUCGGGCGAGAGGUGCUGCUGGAGAGCGGCGAGAUUGACCGGCAGAAGCUGGGCCGCCUCGUCUUCGCUGACGAGGAGAAGCGCAAAAUGCUCAACUCCAUCACGCACCCCGAGAUCCACAAGGAGAUGCUCAAGCAGAUUGGGUUCUUCUUCCUCCGAGGUUAUCGCUACGUUGUGCUGGAUGUGCCGCUUCUCUUCGAAACCAGAAAGCUCACGCGGUUCCUCAACCACACUGUUGUGGUUUACUGCGACCCCGCCACUCAGUUGGCGCGCCUGAUGCAGCGGGACGGCCUGACGCCGGAGGAGGCCGAGCAGCGGCUGGCGGCGCAGAUGCCGCUCAACGAGAAGCGCGGCCUGGCCAGCCACGUCGUCGAGAACUCUGGCACGCGCGAGGACACCCACCGCCAGGUCCUGCGGCUGCACACCAAGCUGGAGGACUCCAUGGACUUCCUUCUGGUGCGGGUGCUCGCCGUGGCCGCCGCCGCCGGCCUGGGCGGGAUCCUGCUGUACGCCGCCAAGAUGAUUUUGUCCUAACGGAGGUCGGAGGACGAUAAUGUGGGGUGAAAGGCAGGCAGUAAACUGUGAGGUUAGUCACCGGAGCCACGUUCUCCCCUGGUUUUAGUAGGAUUUCUGACAAAAUAUGCACUUUACAGUAAUUCGUAGGGAAGUAGUGACUUUUAAUUGAUUAAAUAAAUGUUUAGGACAAUUCUAUGGUUGCUUUUCAAUGCUAAGUAGUUAUUGCCACAUUUUUUUAGAAUGGUUUGGUCCCCACAAAAAUGUCAAAUUUUUAAGUACUAAGAAAAAAACACGUUUCAAUUGGGGGGGGGGGUGACAAUUUUUAAAAAAAAAUAUAUUUGCAGAUACAUGUUUUCAUUUUGGCUGUGACAAUUUAUUUUUAACACACUGUGGAACUCCUAAUAACUAUAGUCGCAUUUUAGCUCUUUUAACUAUCAUACAAGUGUUUAAAAAAAAAAAAACGUUAAACACAGAUGUUAGCAAAAACAACAAAAAUAAUAAAAAACUGUCUUGUAACGAUAACAAGUACAUACUUUUUGUGCGACGUCAUGCGGACCCCAAUUGCAAAUUUUCAGUUGGUGGCACGUCCAUCGUGUUUGUUGUCAUACGUUUAGCACAGUUACUCCUUGCAAGAAUAUUACAACAAAGCUAAUAUACAGUGGAGCCCCACUAUUCGCGGCGGAUAGGCACCAAGAGCGAAAAUGUUCAAUUCAGUAUAUAUACUACUUUAUAUAUAUAUAUAUAUUUGCCUUCAUGCAGAAAGGACCUGAAGAUGAUAUAAUUAUUAUUGGAACAAAUGUAUUUGACAAUUCAGUUGAAACUGUGACGUGAGUGAAUUACCGAACUUUACUGUAUUUUCUUACACCUUUUUUUCUGUCCUGUACGUCUUUUCCCCUCUCUGUGAACACCCUUUGUAAAAAGCAAGCGGCUUGAGAUAAACCAAAUCC